CAUAACCCACCUGGAUAAAACGCGCAUGGUGGAAGACGCCAUUUUGAUGCACUGUUUGUGUUGCGGUUUUCAAAUACGCGACAGUGUACACACUUUUUAAAAAUCAAGGAUAGCUAUCGGAUUAUAGAACCGGCGUAACACGUUCGUUGGAAGCUGGUAAAUUUGUAAGAAAUCUGCCAACAAUAUGGGCGACAGCGAUGAAGAAUACGAUCGCCGUAGAGGGCGCGAUAAGUUCAGAAGAGAGCGAAGUGACUAUAAUGAUCGACGAGAUCGUGAGGAUCGUGGUAGACGUGAUGACUGGAGUGAUAGGCGAAGAGAUCGAGGUGACAGCAGUCGGCAUGAUUGGAACCGAAGAGACUAUGAUUUUGACAGACGACGUGAUCGAUAUAGUCCACAACGAAGAGACAUGAGUCCUCCACAUAUGAAGAGAAUGAGACGAGACUGGUAAGAAUUUUAUAUUGAG